CUGUCGGUUUGCGGUUAUAGUUCAAACUUGGCUUCAGCAUUCAGACGACCAGGAGCAGCAGAAGCAGCACCAACUACACACACAUGAGAGCCGGAGCACAGAGAAAAAUAUGAAAAAGAUAUAUAUUGGCAAAACUGCUCUCAAAACCCAGAGAAACGGUUGCAAACAUCAAAAAAGGAGCUCAUUUCACGACCACAAGGAUGACUUACGUAAGCGCCUGUCGUACACCACCCACAAACUAGAGAUGGUGGAAACUGAGUUUGACUCCACUCGGCAGUACCUCGAGACAGAGCUGCGCCGGGCCCAGGAGGAACUGGAGAAAUUUACAGAGAAGCUGCGCAGGAUCCAGAGUAGCUAUGCAGCUCUUCAGAGGAUCAACCAGGAUUUGGAGGACAAGAUGCACAGGGCGUCACAGCACCACGAGGAGGAAAAGAGAGCCCUCAGCCGGGAAAUCAUUGUUCUCAACAAUCAUCUCAUGGAGGCGAAGAUCACCAUUAAUAAACUCAGAGAGGACAAUGACCUGUACAGGAAAGACUGCAAUCUGGCAGCCCAGCUGCUGCAGUGCUCCAAGUCUCACUACAGAGCACAUAAGAUGUCUGAGCUGCCACUGGAUUUCCAGGAACGCAUCAGUUCCCUCAUGGAAAAACAUAAUCAGAGUAGUGGCGUCACCAUGGCAAUGUGUCACUCAAAUUAUCCAGACGCUGUGCCCACAGCCAUAAUUGCCAAGGUCCUGGAAAAGCCAGAGCCUGGAAGCAGUUGCCCUGUAACGCGUUCACCCAGCCCGCAGGCACAGGAUGGAGACUUUCUGACAGGAACAGGAAGCACUGAUCAUCUGAACCGGCGCCUCUCUUAUAAGACAUCUGACCUGUACUGCAGCGACACGGCGCUCUACUGUCCUGAACGAUGGCAGGACACCGAGCGCAGACAAAGUGUCGACCUUCAUGGCACUGGCCUGCUUCAGCUUCACGCUCAGAACUCUGUUGACAGCAACCCCGAUGAAGAUGCUUUCCACUCUGGAAGUUUUUCCCACCAUGAACCCCCAUCCUCCUUCCGUCACCACGAUGAGUUCGGCACUGGGAGUCUCCCAGUGUCCAGUUCCUACUCCAGUUUUAGUCUUGCAUCAGAUGAAAAGGGAGGAGUUAGUGGAGGAUGUGGGCGCACUGGCAGCAGCACCUUAUCUUCUUCCCACCAGGGUCUCUACAUGGACUGGCGAGAAGGUAGUAGUGGAGACUAUGAGCACAAAAGUAUUUCCUCCUAUGAUAAAGACAGACCAAGCUUCCCCAAGUCCCACAGCAUCCAGCACAUGGCAACCCAAAGGAGCCCCCAGAAGGGCCCCUCACCAGCCUACACAAGGACAGCGUCAUGUUUCAGUGAACCAUUCCACUCCAGCACUCCUCGUCUGGCCUCCUCUCACAGCAUGGGGUCUACAAUUGGACUGGGCCAGGCUCAUGGAGGAACCCUGGACAGCCAGGGUGAUGUCCAGGUCUCCGAGGAUGACCUGAGCAGCCGCUGGAGACAGCUCAGCGUGGAAGACAUCAACACCUUCUCAUCUUCUUAUCGCAACAUUACAGGGCGGGUUUCUCCAUACAGUUUCUCUGAACGCCACUUUGCCAUGGGCCCCUCCAGUAAAGUCAAAGGGUCUCUCUACAGCAGCUUCCAAGAAGGAGACGACGUCUUCCACAGUCGGGUGCUGGAGCAGUGCUUUCCCAUGAGUUCCUCCUCUCCCAGCCGCAGUCCCAAGCCAAAAGAGCAUCGCAAGCAGGAGAAAACUUCUGUGCUGUAUAGAGCCAAGGAUGACAGUCAGGACUCUGAGAGCAGUUUGUUCCUCUCAGGGAGCUCUAAAGACAAGGAGAGCAGCGGGGGAGCGACAGCGGCAAGCAGCGCAAAGAAGGACUACGUGAAUCUGAGCGCAGACAGUUCGGCUGAUUCCUUACACCAAAGCUCACUUGAAGCCUCAAGUCUUCAACACUACCCCACCCCCAGGCCGAGCGUCCGGCCCCGCCCGAGCUCCAGCUCUGCUCUCAGCAUCGGCCCCGCGCUCCCAAAGAAGACUUCUGCAAGAUACCAAAAGUUUGGCAGUACAGGACUGACGAGAAAGGACAGUUUGACCAAGGCACAGCUAUACGGUACGCUGCUGAACUGAGUGGAGAAAGCGAUUUUUAUUUUAUGCAUGAUGAUGACGAUGAUAACGAGUCCUAACUUUCUGUACUGUUCUGUAUCUCUCCCUGCAGCAAACACAUACUUGGUGUGAUGGGGUGUUCCGAUGUUGUUUUAUGUAUCUUAGCCACGGCACGUUUCACGCAGUCUGCAACCUUUUUCUCUAUUGUACGUCAGUGUAUUUAUCGACCUGAGACAUGCUAGUCAGUAUGUUUUUGUUUAAGUGAUGGCGAUAUUUAGAGGCACCAGGAUAAAACCACAUUCUCUCUACAACACAAAGAUACUGUGCUAUUCACUCUUUUUUUAAGUACUGUUAGUAAAACCAGCAAAAGAUCAUUAAUUCUAUAUAUACAAGUACUGAAAAUGAAGUGUGUUUAAUGAGGUGACUUAAUUCUGCAUGUUUGCGAGAGGUUAUCCAUUAGGUUUAGGCAGGCUGCGCUGACUGCAAACUGUUAAAACAAUUUACUUUCACUUACACAAAUGCAUGUUGUGUAAUGCAUAUGAAUAAGGUGGAAAAAACAUUUCCAGCUAAACUGUUUUUCAAAGAGACAUUAUCUGUAGGCAACCCUUACCAGAAGGAAAUAUUCUCCAACUGGCUAAAUAAGAGAUUUAAAUAAUAUAUAUUUAUUUCAAGGCCAUAUGAUAUUUCAUAGCAAGAUUUAUAUAGCUAAUAGAGUAAUCCCACACUUCUUAAUAAGAACCCUAAAUUGCCUACAUUUGUCAGCUAUAAAAUAUACAAAUAUAUAUUUAAAUAAUAUAAUUAUUAUGAGAGGAAAUACACAAAUAUAACCAGGUACCCAUUCAGUAAAACCUAUUACACAGACAUACAGUAUUGUGCAAAAGUCUCC